AUGUCGCUCAAGGUCGCAUGGGGCGUCGUGUUCCCAAUACGUCUAAUAAUGAAGUUCGUAUGGAAAAUCGUAGAGAUGAACAUAACAGAGGACCCGAUGGAGAAACUGAAGAAGGCGUUUUCCGUUACUGCUCAAACGAGCACAAGUGCCACAGCACCAUCUGCGCCAAAACAAACGUCACAACCCAAACCACCAGUGCCGCCAAAACGACCGAAUCCCACAACGACGCCAGUGGCAACGACAGCAUCCAAACUCGACAACACGUCCAAGCACAAGAAAGACUAG